UAUGAGUGUUUAUGCACAGAGCUGCUUUGUCUUUUGUUUUACAGCAGUUCUACGUGUUGAAUCUCAUUCCCUUAUAAAAGGAAAUGUUCAGUCCCUCCUGAAGUUAACUCCGUGGAACUGGAAGCACCUGAACACUUCAGUCAAAGUGGACACCCCGGUCUCCGUGGACAUUUCUGUCUUGUCUCAAUACAGACUCACGGGAAAACACUUCAAUAAGUAUCAGCACAUACAGAGAUCAAGGGAUUGUUCAGCUAUUCUAAAAUCUACCCCGCAUACAAAGGGGACAAAUGGCGUUUAUGUCAUCUACCCUGACUUAAAGACAAAGAAAUUGGUCUACUGCGAUAUGACAACAGAGGGCGGCGGAUGGACGGUUAUUCAACGUAGACUGGACGGGUCUGUAGAUUUUUAUAGAUCCUGGAAGUCUUAUAAGGAAGGAUUUGGUAAUGCUGAAGGAGAAUACUGGUUAGGAAAUGAAGUAAUUCAUUCACUCACCACAAAAACAAAACAAGAACUGAGGGUGGAUCUUCAGAAUUUUUCAAACAAAAAAGCAUUUGCCAAAUACUCAACAUUUUCCCUUGGGAGCGAGUCCCAGAAAUACAAGUUGACAGUUGGUGGAUACAGCGGCACUGCAGGAGACAGCUUAAGAUAUCACAAUGGGAGAGGGUUUUCCACUAAAGAUCAGGAUAAUGACCUGUAUGGUAAAUCCUGUGCUGUCGUGCAUAAAGCGGCGUGGUGGUUCCACAGCUGUGAAUACUCUGACCUAAAUGGACCGUACCACAAGUCCGCCGUUAAAUCGUGGGCCUCUGUAGUGUGGUAUUACUUUGGUAAUGACAACCGUUCCAUGAAGUUUGCAAGAAUGAUGAUCAGACUCAAAAUCUUUGCUAUUCCAAUACAUUGUAUCCAUAAUAUUGUAGGAAAUGUUCAGUCCCUACUAAAGUUAACUCCCUGGAACUGGAAGCACCUGAACACCUCAGUCAAAGUGGACACCCCAGUCUCCGUGGACAUUUCUGUCUUGUCUCACUACAGGCUCACGGGGAAACACUUCAAUAAGUAUCAACACAUACAAAGAUCAAGGGAUUGUUCAGCUAUUCUAAAAUCUAUUCCACAUACAAAGGGAAGAAAUGGAGUUUAUGUCAUCUACCCUGACUUAAAGACAAAGAAGCUGCCCUACUGCGAUAUGCCUACAGAGGGCGGGGGAUGGACAGUCAUUCAACGGAGAUUGGACGGGUCUGUAGAUUUUUAUAGAUCCUGGAAUUCUUAUAAGGAAGGAUUUGGUAAUGCUGAAGGAGAAUACUGGUUAGGCAACGAAGUAAUUCAUUUACUCACCACAAAAACAAAACAGGAACUGCGGGUGGAUCUUCAGAAUUUUUCAGACAAAAAAGCAUUUGCCAAAUAUUCAACAUUUUCCGUUGGAAGCGAGUCGCAGAAGUACAAGUUGACAGUUGAUGGAUACAGCGGCACUGCAGGAGACAGCUUAAAAUAUCACAACGGCAGAGGAUUUUCCACGAAAGACCAAGAUAAUGACUCUGAUAGAAUUUCAUGUGCUGUCGAGAGGAAGGCGGGGUGGUGGUUCAAAAGCUGUCAGUACUCUCUCCUAACCGGACCAUAUCACAAGUCCGCCGUUAAAUCGUGGGCCUCUGUACUGUGGUAUUACUUUGGUAAUGACAACCGUUCCAUGAAGUUUGCAAGAAUGAUGAUCAGACCCAAAAGUUAGAAAAAAUGAAUAGAAUGAAUAAAUAAAUAUGAAAGAUUUGAA